CCAGCGCAUCCUCGAUCCACCAUCUCAUCGUCGCCAAGUCACACUGCAUGCCGCCCAUUGGUAGCAUAGCAUGAGCAAUUAACGACAAGGUACCCCCUAGACUUGUACCACAGUACCAGCAUCCAUUAUCCACCACCAUGGCCGGCGAUGACGCCCCGGCGAGUCCGCACCCCAGGCGACCUCCUCUAGGCCACCGGAACUCGAGCACAUCGUCGCAUCUAUCCCACUCACCCGGCGACUCGACGACCAAAGGUCACCAUAAACCCGCACAUCACAAGCCGCAGCGACAUGUCGUUAGCCAUCACAACCGAAUGGGCUCGCGCAAUCCUUCCUUCCACCGCACUCUGAGCAAGAUCAAGAUUACCCAGCACGAUACGAACAAGCAAGACGACGACGAGCCGCCGACUCCGAGGGCGAAACAACAGGCCUCGGUAGCCUCUCAAUCCACCCUUGUCCCGCCCAGUCCAGCCAGACCCAGCAUGAAGCGCAACAACACGUCCGUCCACCUACCGCGCAACCACUCGCAUGCCGGCCUGAAGAAAAAUCUCUCCAGUGGUCAAUUGUCCCGCGUUGGCGGCGGGAAGACUACUUCGCAUGGCCGCACUGCUAGUCAGCAACAACGACCUGAUAUUCGACGCGCUCAUACACAACCAUACAAGCGUUCAAAGAGCCCUGCACCCAAAGCUUCGCAAGUCCAAUUCGACGUAGGCGAUGAUGAUGACGACGAUGACGGUGAAGAGAUGGAAGGAGUCGACGACCAAUGGACAGAAGAGAGCGCUUCAGCCUCUCCGAAUACCACCCGCGACAAUACGCGAAACAACACUCGCCAGAACUCGGUCGUCUUGGACCCAAAGCUGAAUCCCUACGCUCGACAGCUCGCUGAGGAACAAGCUGCAAAUGAAUCGUCAGGUAGCGACACAGUUGGCUCUCGCAGUCCGCCUAAGACUAAGAAGACUCCCGUCUCUCUGAGCAUUCGCACAAAAGACUUUGCUGCUCCUCAAGCUGCUCCUACCUCUGCACCACAACAGCCGCAACAACAGGCACCACCCACCUCAUCAUACAAUGCACAAGCAGCGCAACAACAUAUGCCGGAUGCUGACGCCAUAGCACGCCGCCUACUCGAGAGAAACUCUGCCCUGAACGCUGCACCACCGAGGGUUUCAUCCAUCUCAGCUCUCGCAAACGCAAGUCCCGGCGAUCUCAAGAGUCUGUCGACCUCACAAACAGGGCCGUCUGUCACAGGCGCCACCAACACACCGGUCGUCUCACGCUUUAUUUCGAACGAUGGCAUGAACAGUAAGGAUGGAACGCCAGCCGAGCAGUCGGGCUUCUUGCAAAGCGCCAAAGGCCACUCUCGCACUCUAUCACAAGCCCAGACCCGCAAAGAACAGUCCGACCUCUACCGCAACCAAUCUACCCCAAACUUCGCCUCGCAAAAACAGCCACCGACUCCCUCAGGCUCGGGUGCUGUUACCCCAGACCCAGCACUGAACCAAAGCAGAACACAGCAGAAACUAUGGUUACAACGCGGUCUCUCCAAUAUCGAAGCCAGUUCACAACCCCACCUGCCAGGCCUGUUGCCCACAGGCCGUGCCCAAGCCAUGCGCACCCCGCACGCGGGCAAGCAAUUUGAGUUUGUCGACAAGGAAUGGGCCGUCGUGCGUCGCUUCCAAAACCCUCUGGAUGCAGGUCUCGAACGGCUGAGGAAGAUGAAUGGCGGUUCUUUACCCGGGAGACCUAGCAAGUCAAAAGCAGGCGUGUCUUCUUCUCAACAACAUACCAAUGGUGGUGUCAAUGGGCAUAUCAAACGGCCUUCCACCUCUGCAUCUAUUGCUAGUAAGAAGAGCGAUGCUACUAUUGUCGCUGGGAACGAACGUCCUACUGCAGGCAGGAAGUCGCGUGUCAGCUUUCACAUGGGUGAGCUCGAAGGCGACAAUGACGAUGACGAGCACAACGAACAUCGAUCACCGCCUGACCGCGACACUCCUGCAGACAUUGCUCGCAGGUUAUGGGAUUCACCUAUAGGUAUCCAAGUAGAGGGUUAGGACGAACUCUACGAUACGUACUAAUUUCUCCACGACUGCUUCUGGUCUUUUGUUCUUUCUAUUGCUAUUAUUACUGUGUCUUUGUUUGACACUUGUUCUUCUACUCGCUUUUUACAUUCCUUUCUUUUACUCUGGCUUUUGGGUCUUGGUUCAAUGGGUUCUCGGUCUAUUAUACAAGCAUAUGGCGCGGCGUUGGUGGAUUGUUCUUCUUCAAAGUGUACCUUUUCUCCAUCCUCUCUUGGAAGUAACUCAAUUCAACAUUUCUCUUGAAGCUUUGAAGCGUUACUUGUCCGUUCGUUUUCUGACUUUUGACGACCUUUUCUCGUGUACAUAGUCGUGUUUGCGAAGAACCUCUAGCAUAUCACGUGUAGCCUUGA